UUUCGAAUGAAUCUGUCUCGUUUAAAGUUGUCAAUUCAGAAGAUUGUGAACUUGGUGAUUUUAUAUCGUAUAUUUGAAAUUGUUUUGAUAAAAAGAUGGAAAUUGCACAGAAUUUUAUGGGUCCAGGAGCCACAAACACAAUGGCUCGGAUAAACGAAAAUGGGAAUGUAGUCGGCACAAUUAUCGUUAAUUGCGAAGGCUUUCCAGAAACUACGACACUCGACAGUUUGACGGCUGCCACAUAUUCUACACAUAUGAGAAAUCUAUCUCACUUCGCAAACAAUGCGCUUAAAGAAAUUGAUGUAAUAGACGAACUGAUGGUCCUGAGGAUGGUCUCGAAGAAGACGGAAGCAGUAGUUGUGCCGGAUAAAGAAUUUCAUUUGAUUGUACUUAUGAGAAGACGUUAAAUAUAUUUACUAUGCCAAGAUA